UGCUUUGAUCCUCACAGGACCGACGACUCCCCCGCCGGCGAGAUAACUCCACCGGCGAAUCUCCGGCGGAAGAUCCGAGCUGAACGAACCGGGUUUGUGCAGCCCCAUUAUGCUCAUACCCAGAUGGAGAAAUCUCUUUUGCCUGAAAAAUAUUUCAUUGAUUCGUGAAAUACAAUCGUCUUCAUCCACGUUAAAUUAUCACGCGUCGUUUCAUUCGACGAGUGUGUUGUCUGACAAAUGGAAGAAACAGUUUGAUUCUGAAGGUAAAGCUCAGAAGCGUGAACGACCCUCCAAGAACCAUAUAAGGUAUACCGUAAGACAGAAGCGUGCUGAUGCUAAGAAAGCUCUAAACCAUCUUCUCUUCCAUGCCGGCGGAGUCAGAAACUCGUUGAAGGAUGGUUGGAACUUUGAUUCGCCGAAGCAGGAGAAGCCGAGUAAGAAAUGUAAGCCAGGACAGGGUAAAAAGCCUCGUGACAAGAAAACAAAACGAUGGCACAGACAAGGAAAUCUAUCCGAUGACUACUACGAUAAUGAGACGAGGUUUGAAGUGAGGUUUGCGGAUAAAUCGUACAGUUGGUCUUUCAAGCAGGGAUCUUGUUCAAGAAACUCGGCCUCGUCGGGUUUCGAAUGGAGAGAAGGCUGGAGCUGGACGAGCCAGACCCAGCAGUCGAAUCCUCGGGACGACGAAUCGUGGAGUGUAGGGUCACGAUCCGAUAGGGCAAUUCUGGACCUGCCUCAGUUCGGUCCCCUCAAGAUCGAGGAUGUCAAGAAAGCGUUCAAAGCGGCAGCCCUUAAGUGGCACCCGGACAAGAACCAGGGUCCUUCCCAGGCGACAGCUCAAGAGAAGUUUAAACUCUGUCUUGAUGCUUAUAACAACGUUUGUAGAGCCAUUGAUGCAUCAGCUCGGUAGUUUGUUCAAAAGGGUGGUUCCCAUUAGUUUGGGAGAUGGCUCAAGAGACGUUUAAAAUCUGUCUUGAUGCUCAUAACAAUCUCCGUUCCGCACAUUGAUGUGUCAGCUCGGUUUCUAGGGUUUUCCUUUGUUCGUCUGGUUCUUCGCUACCCUAAGGAGAAAUCAUGGAGUUUUGGUUUGUGUGGUUGAUCAGAGCUGCUUGGCUGGCGGGUAUAUCGCCUAUAUUGAUUGCUUCGAUACCCAGUCCCAAGCUCAGCAAGUUCCGUGGAUUCAUUGUGGGUUUUGCUGGAAGAGGAAAGACUCUGCGAUCAUCGUCUAAGAAAUUCACAGUUCCUCAGAAAUUUUUCGGCCAUUUCUAUAUCGUUGGGGUGGCAUGGACGACUCUUUUGCUCGUUACAACUUGGAGAUACGCUUACGAAACGGCGCCUUUGUCCUCCGAGAAGUUGCAUUUCCCUGACGUUGCCAGCCACUUAACCGGCGGUUCGCAUGUUUUCUCGUUUCACAAGUCCCGUUUGACCCCGCUUGAGCAUCGGUUCAACGUUUGGAAAACAGUGUUUCUACUUCUGCUGAUGGAAAGCCAAGUCAUAAGACGGCUUAUAGAGUCGGUUUACGUAUUCAAGUAUAGCCCCUCGGCCCGUAUGCACAUUUUCGGCUAUUUCGCCGGAUUGUUUUUCUACACGGCAGCUCCAUUAUCGCUCUGUGCGAAUAUCGCGCCAGAGGUAGCGAGAUUCGUGGGUAAUCAAGUAGCCGAGUUCAUUGCUAAAGGAAAAGGCCAUACUUCAGCUCCCGGAUUCGAUCUAUGGCUCUCGGUAAACCCUCUGAUGAAACUCGGGUGGCUCCAAUGGUUCGGUGCUGCUGUUUUUUUCUGGGGAUGGUCACAUCAACGCUCCUGCCAUUCGAUUCUCGGAUCGCUUCGGGAGCGUUCGGAUCAAGGCAACGAGUAUGUGAUUCCCCAUGGAGAUUGGUUUGAGAUCGUCUCUUCUCCUCAUUACUUGGCGGAAAUUGUUUUAUACUCGAGUUUUGUGAUCGCGAGUGGGGGAAGAGAUAUAAACGUUUGGUUACUCUUCGGAUUUGUGGUUGCGAAUCUGACGAUAGCCGCCGGAGAAACGCACCGGUGGUAUCACCGGAAGUUCGAGAAUUACCCGGAGAAGAGGCGCGCCAUUUUUCCUUUCUUCUACUGAACUGUCUUCUACAGACAACAACACACACAAAGCAAAAGCCUCCUCAUGUUUGUUUUUGUGUCUUUGCACAUAACUCCCAUGCGUUCGCGUUCGCGUUUGCGUUCGCGUUUGCGUUCAGAUUAGAACCCGAAAGACCUCUUGAAAUGGUUUCAUGAGCCCCCAAAAAGAAAACAUUUCGGACUAUGUUUUAUUUUAUUUUAUUUGUAUCAGAGAAUAAGGUUAACAACUUGGGCUGGGUUGGAUCUGUUAUUUGGGCC